CCCCCCCCCCCCCCCCCCCCUAAUCUCUAUUUCUUUCUCUCUGAUGGAAAAUUACCCAACAUUCUUUUCUUCAUCCACGGCGCCUGCUCCUUCUCCCCUGUCGUUGAACAUGGGGAACCCAGCUCAUCACGUUUACAAUAGUAAUGAUCCUCGCCAAUUCCAAAAUAGGAAAUCAUCGAAUGGGUUCUUAGGGCUGAUGUCAGAGAUGGAGGCUUCAAACAAUAUGAUUAAGAACAAUUUUAGUUCUCAGGGAAAAAGCUUUGGAGGAUCUGAAAGUGGUGAAGCAACUGUGAGAUUAGGGAUGAAAAAAGGAGAUCAGAAAAAAAUAAGAAAACCCAGAUAUGCUUUUCAAACAAGAAGUCAAGUUGAUAUACUUGAUGAUGGAUAUAGAUGGAGGAAGUAUGGUCAAAAAGCAGUGAAGAACAACAAAUUUCCAAGAAGCUACUACAGGUGCACACAUCACGGUUGCAAUGUGAAAAAGCAAGUUCAAAGGUUAACAAAAGAUGAAGGAGUCGUUGUGACAACUUAUGAAGGCAUGCAUUCUCAUCCCAUCGAGAAGUCUACUGAUAACUUUGAGCAUAUUUUGAGCCAGAUGAAAAUCUACACUCCAUUUUAAUUAAUUAUAUGUCAAUAUGCACGGUGCAGAGAGACAUAAUUAAUAUCUUACAGGGUAAGACUUGACUACAAUUGAGGAGGAGCUUCACUUUAAAAUACUUUAUGACAUGUUCACAAAAUUUCGUACUUAUGAUUAUUAUAAAUCACUUUGUAAAGAUUAUUUCUACAAAAAAAAUCAACUAAAAUUAAGAUCGUUUAGUCAUCGAACUGUAUAAAAACAUGCGAAUGGAUUUGAUAAAGUAUUGCAAACCGUUUAUUUUUUGCUACAAUUGAUUGACUAAACGGUCUUAGUUUUAAUUGAUUUUUUGUAUAAACAAUUUUUACAUAGUAAUUUAUAAUAUAAACAAUUACGAUUAUAAGUACGAAGUUCUGUAAAUAAGUCGAUAAAUAUUUUGAGGAUGAACUCUCCUCAACCUUAAGAGCUAAGCACUUCUCUAUUUUACAUGCAAGCUGCAGUUUGUAACUAUAUUAUUGUGUAGUUUAAUUUGAAAAAAAAAAUGUACGUGUCAGGAAUUCAGAUUCUUAGAACUUGAAUUGUUUAAUUAUUUAUAUUUGAUUAAUAACUUUCUAUCUAUUUCACACUCUGAUA